AUGUGCGGGACCGGGAACGGCGGGAUCGGGAACGGCGGGACCGGGAACGGCGGGAUCGGGAAUGGCGGGAUCGGGAAUGGCGGGACCGGGAACGGCGGGAUCGGGAACGGCGGGGCUGGAAGGGACACGGGAGAGCAUCCCGGGAUGUGCGGGAUCGGGAACGGCGGGACCGGGAACGGCGGGAUCGGGAACGGCGGGACCGGGAACGGCGGGAUCGGGAACGGCGGGAUCGGGAAUGGCGGGACCGGGAACGGCGGGAUCGGGAACGGCGGGGCUGGAAGGGACACGGGAGAGCAUCCCGGGAUGUGCGGGAUCGGGAACGGCGGGACCGGGAACGGCGGGAUCGGGAAUGGCGGGACCGGGAACGGCGGGAUCGGGAACGGCGGGGCUGGAAGGGACACGGGAGAGCAUCCCGGGAUGUGCGGGAUCGGGAACGGCGGGACCGGGAACGGCGGGAUCGGGAACGGCGGGACCGGGAAUGGCGGGGCUGGAAGGGACACGGGACAGCAUCCCGGGAUGUGCGGGAUCGAACAGCAGAUUUAG